UCUAAAGUGACGGACCCUCUGGUCGCUACAGCGCAUGCGCAGACUGUCGUGUGUCAGUGUUACGUGAUGGUUGAGUUUUGUUGUUAAACUGUUAAAUAAUUACAUCAUCGGAACGUGGAUGAACUCAGCAGCGAUGACGGAAGAAGAAGAACCGAACAACAACAAGGGUUUCCGUCUGCCGGGGAUUCAGAGUAUCCAGAACACUCCGUGUGCCCGAGACGCCAUCCUGCACGGAGCCGGAGGUUCACUCGGCGCCGGCCUGCUUCACUUCCUGGCCACCAGUCGAGUGAAGAGGUCUUUUGACGUCGGACUUGCAGGAUUCGUGCUCACCACACUCGGGUCCUGGUUUUACUGCAGGAUUAACAACGCAAAGAUUCGCGUGCAGCAGAGGAUGAUCCAGGACGGCAUCAAGAAAAAGAUUGUGUACGAAGGAUCUGCUCUAGACCCAAUAAAAAACCCCGGAGCAGAGACGCCAUCAAGUCCUUCGUGAUGACUGGCAGUGAAAAGCAGAGGGAACUGAACUGAAUCUGAUUAAAUGAUGGAAAGGAAAUGGAACAUUUA